CCAACGACCCCAUCGCAUUUGCAGCACUACCCAUUGCAGCUUCAUCUCACACAAAAUGGCUGGAUUCCUCGGAAAGAAGUUCCCUGCGCCCGUCGCCCGCCCCAUGUGGCCUUUCUACAUCUCCGGCCUUGUCAUCCUCUACGGUGUCAACUCAGCCGCAAACGCCAUGGCAACAGCCGACGAGUACAAGAACGACCCCCGAAACCCUGCUGUAAAGAACCAGUCGGCCAACCACUAGAUCUUCACGUGUGGAAUAUUUGAUGGAACAGGCUCGACGGGCAUGAUGGGAGACACUGUACAAUAGCCGCCGAAAUGGAACUGUUAAGGGUACCUCGAUUUGCAAGAGCUGUAUAGACGUUGCGGAAUCAAGCACAAUACAAGCGACAUCCACGAUUGACUGAGAUAAUCUGCCUGAGUA